AUGGGUUCAGGGAAUAUAUUUAAGGCAAUAAUUGGAUCAAAGAGUGGGAAACAAAAGAGCAGCAAAAGCGAGAAGGGAGUUUCUACUGCUGUAAAAACAAAAUCUUCCAAGAAGAAAGGAACUCAUGCUUCAUCGCUGGUUAUUCGUAGCGAGGAUUGGGCUGCAACUCGAAUUCAGUCUGCUUUUAAAGCCUAUGAGGCUAGAAAAGUCUUACGGCGUCUACAAGGAAUUGCAAGAGCAAAGUUGUUAACUGAAAAACAUUCAGUGAAGAAGCAAGCGGUGGUUACAUUGAGGUAUCUUCACUCAUGGAGUAAUAUACAGUCUCAGAUAAAGGCUCGCCGAGUUUGUAUGGUUACAGAAAGCAGACUGAUGCAUAAAAGAUUAGAGAAUCAGCAGAAGCUUGAGGCUAAGCUCCACGAUAUUGAGGUUGAAUGGAAUGGUGGAUCAGAGACAAAAGAUGAAAUCUUGGAGAGGAUACAUCAAAGAGAAGAAGCUACGAUCAAGCGGGAAAGAGCCUUGGCAUAUGCUUUCUCUCAUCAGUGGAAAGCGGAUGGCAAGACUCAGUGGCUGGGGGGUUAUGAGCUGGGCAAUACUAAUUGGGGUUGGAGCUGGAAAGAGCGUUGGGUUUCUGUUCGUCCAUGGGAAGUUAGAUAUUUAGUGACUCCUAAGAAACCAAAGAGCUCAAAGACAGUUGGUUGCAAGAAUGAGACUAACUCAAACUCACCGGCGAAGAGAGCAGUGUCAUUACCACCGGCUUCAUCCAAAGCUCCGGUUUCUUCUGGAGCUAGAAAUGCAGUGAAGCCACGGAGAUUGUCAUUUCCCGGAGCUUGA